AAUGAGUGAGUGAUGAUGACCGAGGUGUGAGUGAGGGUGAGGGAAGAGGCGGACAGGUGUGAGGAUGAGUGAGGAAGAUUGUGAAGGCCUGGGAGGAGAAGAGUGAGGCGUGAGGGAGGAAGGACCGGGGCGUGAGUGCAGGUGAGGGAGGGAAGACUAAAACGUGUGAGUGACUGCAUGAGGGACUGUCGCCUGGGGUGUCCUCCGGCCCGGGGGAGGGAGGCAGGGGCGGGGAGGGCCAGGAGGGAGGGGGCGACCCGAGCGGUGCGUGGCCGGGCUCGGGGCUGACGGAGACCCGCACAGUUGCAGCUGCACGGCCGUGGCGACCACACGGCUGAGAGCAGCGCGCGCCUCGCUUUCGACACACGCCCGGCGCCAUCACCACGCGCCACGCCGCCUCGCCCACCCGCGGAGACCCGGUGCCACGGAUACCCGCGCCCCGCCAGCCCCGCAGCGUGUGGCAUCCCAGGGCCUGAUGGCACGCAGGGACUGAUGCGAACUAUGACACUGGCCUAAGAAAAUGUGACCCAGAAGGAGGAGGAGGAGGAGGCAGUACGUUCCGAGUUCAAUUCCCGUCCCCCAGAUGUGCAGUGCCAACUUUAUCCCCGCCGCCUCGCCCCUGUGAAAAUCCUCGGCCCGGCAGCCCCGCCCUCCCUGCCCACGGCCCCCUCGUCCUCCACCAUCUCCUCUCCUUCAACCGGGAGGCUGAGGACACCUACCCAAGCAGAAGAAGAAGGAGGAGAAGGAGGAGGAGGAGGUGGAGAGGGUGGAGAAGGAGGAGGUGGAGAGGGAGCGGGUCGAAGAAGGCAUGAGGGGAGGCCAUGGUGGCGGUGGCCGAGGGUAGAGGGAGGCAUGGAGUCGUGUGUGUCGCAGCAGCACUACGUCACCCCGGGCGCCACCUCCCUGCCCAUGAGCGAGUACGUCCAGAUGCCCCCGGACAUGGGCCCCCACCCCUGCAACCCGGCCAUGACCUCCUACCUGGAGUCCCUUCCGCCAGGUGUGGGCAUGCCCGAGUACCCAUGGAUGAAGGAGAAGAAAACGGUGAGGAAGCCUCCCCAGCAAGCUGCUUUCGGUCAAACGUUCCCCUCUUGGUGGGAGACUGUAAUGGAUAACGAAGAAAUGACGUUCAUGAUCGCCGGUAUGGCCACCUCGCCCGCCGCCGCCAUCAGCUGCCCCUCCGUCGGCGCCGAACACCCGAUCAAGUCCUGUAAGUAA